GAUGGACAAGAGCAGCGGGAGGGAGAGUUUGGCAUCUCAUCCGGAUGCCUGUCUGCUGCCCGUCUCUUGUCUUCUGUAGCCUGGGUAGUGUGAACUGUAAGACGGACAGGAGUGGGAACCGACAUUCACCAGUUGACCGUCAAUCUGACUUGAGCGGGACUAGCGGCGGCAUCCCACCAAUCAACAUGAGACGAAACAGCGGGGCCUGCUCAGCUGCCUCUAGCGCAGCCCUCGGCCUGAGAGGGACGGCGGACUUUUCAUGUGGAAAGGCCGCUGCUAUUCAUCUCCAAAAGCGACCUGACAGGUCAAAAUCUAGUGGGAAGGGGUCAAGGUUAGUAUCAGCACGACGGCAGCGCAGCGCAGCAAUCUGCCAGUUCAUGCGUGUCGCGACGACGGCGAGCGAGGCUGGCGGCCAGGGCAAUAAUUGUCGAUCUCCGACUCAGAGCUGUGACCAGGGUUGCGCUCAAGCGCAUCCGCCCCCAGUUGUGUGGAUAGUUGAGGGCCUGCCCGCACCAAAGCAGCCAAAGCAGCCGUCGAGAGAAAUACUUGACCACUCCCGCCGUUUCAUUCCCAAUACCGUUCGUCCCUUUCCUUCCUCAGACAGCUCUCGGGCUAUAACACACCUGCACCACUCCGUCUGUCCCUGCGUGCCCGCCAAGCUCCACAAGCUCAGGGUUCACGAGACCAUUGCUGCCUCUUUUUGCACGCUCCCCAACGGCGCGCCAAAACAAAGCACGUCGCCGCACCUGAUCCCCCAGGCCGUCUUGCCAGGUACGUCGCCAGUUCUCUCUCUUGUCUCCUGCGCGUCCGGCCGCGCCAGGUCACGCUCCCCGGCACCAAGCCCUUCGACCAGCACCCCCCAGCCACUGGCGCAGCACGGGCCCCCGAGCAAUUUAGUGCCUUCCACCGAGCACAGUGCGACCAAGCGUUUCCUCCCCCGCGCACCUUUUCCUUGCAUUCCUGCUGCGCCAUCAAAGGGACCAGCCCCGAUCUUUUAACAGGCCGCGCUUCCUUUUCCUAUUGAGGGCGUCCUAAGAGUCUAACCCAACUCAAGCUGUCUGCAGUUCCUUCUGUAACAUUUUGCGCGUCUGCCCAAACCA